UCCUAUGUGUGAAUCUGUAGGAAGUCUCGCGACAUUUCUACGAAAAUCGAUUUUGUUAUUAAUGGACGAGUAGUGUGUUAGCUAAUAACAUGAUUUGAGAUAUGAAUCUCAGGAUUUACUUUCAACAGGGAAUCCUGUUUGGCAUCAGAAGGUCAGUCUCUUUUCUGCUACUGGCUCGCAACCUAGGAACAGGGUUCUUUUGAAGAACAGUGAGGAUGCUUCAAGGCCUGGGUCAAAAGCCAUGGCACAUUUUUUACAAACUUUGCUUCCAGCAUCCAUUGUCGGUUCGGUCCUGCAGACCUUGUCAAAGAUGGCAGAUCCAUGGAUCUCACAGGAACAGCUUAUACUGGUUUCAGUCUUGCAGUCUUCCAUUUCAAGUUACCACUCAGAGGAAUUUCUCUUUAACAACUGUCAGCUGGAAGGAUGAAUCCUCCACAUCAGGGCCAGACAAAAGUGGCACAUCAGUAUCUGCAGGAAAAGCAGCAGCAACAUCUCAGACAAAAACUGAUGGUUCUGGGGCUGCUUCUUCUGUGGGUCUUAGCCCUGCUGAAACCAUCCAAGUGAAAGUGAGAGCUGUACUGAAGAAAAGGGAUUAUGGAUCCAAAUACACUCAGAAUAAUUUUAUUACUGCAGUUCGGGCAAUGAAUGAGUUCUGCCUCAAACCCAGUGAUCUUGAACAGCUUCGCAAGAUCCGUAGAAGAAGCCCUCAUGAUGACACAGAAGCUUUUACUGUUUUUCUACGCUCUGAUAUUGAGGCCAAAGCAAUGGAGGUCUGGGGAAGCCAAGAAGCAUUAGUCAGAGAACGCAAGUUGAGAAAAGAAGUUGAAAAAGAAUACAAGGAAAACUUAUUUCGAAAUCAGAAGCUUUUAAAGGAAUACAAGGAUUUCUUAGGUAAUACGAAGCCACGUUCAGGUAAAAGGACAGCAUUUUUGCAAGGUCCUGGGAAGGUUGUCAUGGUGGCUAUAUGCAUCAAUGGACUUAACUUUUUCUUUAAGAUUCUAGCUUGGGUUUAUACUGGUUCAGCCAGCAUGUUUUCAGAAGCCAUUCACUCCUUAGCAGAUACAUGUAACCAGGCUCUUCUUGCUUUGGGCAUCAGUCAGUCUGUCAGGAAUCCAGAUGCUGGGCACCCAUAUGGCUUUUCCAAUAUGCGCUACAUAGCAUCUCUCAUUAGUGGUGUUGGGAUUUUCAUGAUGGGUGCUGGCCUCUCAUGGUACCAUGGUAUAAUGGGCCUUAUUCAGCCUCAUCCAAUUGAAUCCUUGCUUUGGGCUUACUGUAUUUUGGCUGGAUCCCUAGUUUCUGAAGGGGCUACACUUUUGGUGGCAGUAAAUGAGAUCAAGAAGAGUGCCAGACUUCGGGGAGUUUCGUUUUAUGAAUAUGUUAUGCAGAGCCAUGACCCAAGUACCAAUGUUGUGCUAUUAGAGGAUGCUGCUGCUGUGCUGGGUGUUAUACUUGCUGGUGGCUGCAUGGGACUGACGUCCCUAACAGGUAACCCAUAUUAUGAUAGCAUAGGAUCCCUUGGAGUGGGAACACUUUUGGGAGUAGUUUCAGCCUUUCUUAUAUACACUAAUACAGAAGCAUUGCUGGGAAGAUCUAUCCAGCCUGAACAGGCCCAGAAACUCACAGAAUUAUUAGAAAAUGAUCCUGCUGUAAGAGCUAUCCAUGAUGUGAAGGCAACAGACAUUGGACUGAGCAAAAUUCGCUUCAAGGCAGAAGUAGAUUUUGAUGGCCGAGUUGUAACCCGAUCCUACCUAGAGAAACAAGACAUUGAACAAAUACUGCAAGAAAUACAGCAAGUAAAAACACCAGAAGACUUAGAGAGCUUCAUGUUGAAGCAUGGAGAAAACAUCAUUGACACCCUGGGAGCUGAAGUGGACAGACUUGAGAAGGAGCUAAAACAACGUAAUCCUGAGGUCCGGCAUGUGGAUCUGGAAAUUCUUUAAUUUGCAAAAACCCUGUCCUUAGCUGGGCUUCGCAGACCACCCUGCGGUAUUUGAAUUUCCUGUUGUGUUCUUCUCAAUUCCAGACUCCUUAAUCUGGUUUAGAUAUUUGUUUACACAACUGUGGAUCUGCAUUUAGUGACAAAACACACCCUUUGUAAUGUAAAAAAGGAAAAGUCGAAUCAUUGAUAAAAUGCCAAUAGCAAUCUGCUCUUUAUAUAAAAAUUAUAAACAAAGUUCAAACAAGUGUCAUUUAUCAGGAUUAGAUUUGUUUUAAUGAAAUGACUUUAUAAAAUGUAUUUCAUUCAUUUUUUUGGUUGCCAUCUUAUAGGUUAUCUUUCAUUUAAAAAAGAAAAUCUAGCAUUGGAAGCUGUAAAAGAGCAGCUGGUGGAUUUCCGUUUAUCUGUAUUUUAGCAGAUGAUGUAUCAUAGUGUUUGAAAGAGAAAAUAAAGAUGUCUGUUUCAAUGACAUUUGUAUAUUUUGGCCCCAACAAAAUAUUUAGAUUUUAAAUUUCAAUACCAUAUACCAACUAUUUAGAUAUUAAAAUAUGAUCAUAUCAUGUCUAAGAAAUUUUACGGCUUAAUUCAUUUUUUUUUUUAACAUUCCCAGUGUCCAUAUUGAGUCACUUGAAGUUCAAAUUGUCACAUUUCUAUGUUUAUUGCUGUUAUUAGUAUUUCAAGCAAAGUUGUAUUUAAGUAACAGUUUAAUUUAUUUAAUGUAGAGGCAUAGGAACGCUUUUAAUUUAUUGCGCAUACAAAAUGCUUUCUUAAUGUAAGUAGUCCAUUUCCUGUCCUUUGUCUUGUCAUUGGUUAAAAGUUGUCAUAUUUUCCUAAUGUUUGGUUUAGUUGUGUUUAUCCAAUUGUAAAAAUUUUGGUUAACUAAAGAAGAUUAUAUUAAACUCCCUGAUUUUAAUUAAUUUCCAGCUUCUGGACACAAAACAUAUAUCUAAUUUUAACUAAGGUACAUUUCUUUAUGCUGUAUUUUUCAAGCUGUAGCUAUUUGCGCAAAAAUAAAUCACUUUUGAAAGGUGA